AUGAGCAACGGGCAGAAGUCAGAGCAGCAGCUGCAGCAUGUGACAGAAGACGAGGCCGCCCUCUACGAUCGGCAGAUCCGGCUGUGGGGCCUCGAAGCGCAGACGCGCAUUCGCAAGGCUCACAUCCUCAUUGUCAAUCUGGAAGGCUUGACAACAGAAUGCAUCAAAAAUCUCGUCUUGGCAGGCAUUGCCUCGCUGACGAUUGUCGAUUUUCGGGAAAAGUGUCAGGAGAGCGACCUGAGUGCAGGUUUCUUUUGGCGCGAGGAGGACAUUGGAGGCGAGCGUCUCGGUCCAGCUGCCGCUCGCAUGCAGGUCCUCAAUCCUCUCGUCUCGAUCAGAGUCCUACCAACGAGCUCUUUCGACAGCGUCUUGGAUCCAUCAAGCUCUGUGCUUAAAGAUCUGCACGUCGAUACCGUGGUCGUGAAUGUUCCCUCAGGUCCGGCGUCACUCUCGCCGAGGUGGAGCAAAGAAAGCCUGGUAGCAAUCAGUGCUCAUUGUCGUGCGCUCGAGAUACCUUUCUACAUCGCAGGUACGACAGGCUUCAAUGGAUGGAUUUUUGCCGAUCUGGGUGCCCAGCAUGAUUAUGUCAAGGAGCUGGACAACCCAAUCGCAGUCAAGGCAGAGACGAAUGGUGAUGGGUCAGCAUCUGCUUCAGCAGACAAGCCUACCUCGGGACCGGUGACAAAACGAUACGAGAAGCGGACGCAGGACUUUGUCGAGCUGGGAACGGCCGUCGGGAUGACGUGGAAGGGGGCGACUCGGGCAGAGACAAGGAAGGCGAGGCUAAGCCCAGGCCUGUUUGGAGUAUGGGCUCUCUGGGAGCUUGCUGCCAACGGUGACGGCCAACGAGGCCCGAGCGCCGAUGAGCUUCAGAAGGCUGCUUUGACGAUCAUGGAAGACAAGGGUGUUGACGCGACCAUGCCCUUCCAACUGCAUAAUACCGCGCCGAAAGAGUUUUUCGAUUCUCUCGCACUCAGCGUCUCUGUCCCAGGAGAGUUCUCACCGACAUGCGCCAUUCUCGGCGGUGUGCUGGCUCAAAACAUCCUCAAUGCCCUGGGCGGACGAGAAGAGCCUAUCGCCAAUUGGUUCCAACUUGACGGCCUCUCCUGCUUGGGGGUGAUUCAUUCCCUCGGGACAAAGCCCAGUGUACUCACGCCAGCUUGAACUUGCUCUGCUCCCAGACUUCAUUUACCAUCUUGUACAAUGUCUCAUUAUUCUAGAAAUAAACACAUUCUUGCCGUG